AGACUGUCUGUCUCUCAAUAUAUGGGCAAAGGAUAGUAAGCCAAUGAAACCGGUGAUGGUGUACAUACACGGAGGCGGCCUAACCAUGGGCUCCAGCUAUGCGUUCAACGGCAAAAUGUUGGCCACGUAUGACGUGGUUGUGGUGUCCGUCAACUACCGGUUAGGGCCGUUGGGCUGGCUCUUUGGCGACGGCGACGACGCGCCCGGCAAUAUGGGUCUAUACGACCAGUUGUUGGCACUCAAAUGGAUAAGAAACAAUAUUCACGCGUUUAGAGGCGACUACAGGAGGAUUACACUGUUCGGUGAGGGGGCCGGCGGGUGGUCAGUGUCGGCCCAUAUACUGUCCCCUCUGGCCAGGGGUUACUUUCACAGAGCUAUCCUCAGUAGCGGUGCUUAUUUUGACGACAAAAACUUAGGUUUUCUCAACAAAAGCGCGGCUUUAAAACAAUCGCAAGAAUUAGGCAAACAGUUUAAGUGCGUUAAAGGCUUUUUCUCCAAUUGGAUCGACUGUCUUAAGGCUAUUAAUCCCAUCGAUAUCAGCACUUAUCCACAGUUCUUCAGUUAUCCCGUCUUUGGCACAGAGUAUCUGCCAUACAAUGCACAGUACGCUAUCAGGAAAGGCAGAUAUAACUACGGUAUGAGUGCGAGAGAGAGAGAGAGAGAGAGAGAG